AUGGCAGCACCGACCCUGUUCAGCAUCUGGAAGGCUUCAACUCGAUUAUGGCUUUUUAUGGGGCCUCCGACACGAUCAUGUGUCAUGCUUUCCCCCCCAACAUUGAGGAAGGCCGCCAGAACUUGGUUCACCCACCUAGAACCAAACUCCAUUCACGAGUUUUGGCAGCUCAACACAGCCUUUGCCUCCACCUUCACAAGCAGUCGGAGCUACAAAAAGACACCGGUAAGCAUUACCACGGUGAAGCAGAAAAGUGGCGAAACUCUAAGAUCCUACCUAACUCGGUUCAACCAGGUCAAGCUAGAAGUGGAGGACCUUGAUCCCAAGGUAGAGUACACCGCUCUACUGGCUGGGAUCCGUGACAAGGACCUCAACUGGGAACUUUAUAAGAGUAAUCCCAGCAAUCUGACGGAACUCCAAGCCAGAUGCGAGGAGUACAUGACGGCGGUGGAAACCCUAGACGCAAAGAUGGAUACCCAGGAUGGUAGAACCGAGAAAAAGAGAACCGAGCAAGAGGGGAGGCAAGGCUAUGAAGACGACAGGAAGACGAGGCGGCGCCAAAGCAGAACACCUCCAAAGCACUUUGAAUGGUAUACUCUGCUCAAUCAACCCCGUUCAAAAAUCCUGAUGCAGAUCCAGAACGAGAAAUUCAUCAAGUGGCCGGCGAAGAUAGGCAACAACCCAAACAAGAAAAAUGGUGACAAGUUCUGUCGCUUCCACAACAGAACCGGGCACGACACUGAUGACAGCCAGUACCUUAAAGGGGAGAUUGAGAGCCUAAUCCAUAGAGGCUACCUAGGGCGCUACGUUCAUGAUCGUCGAAACCAUGAACGCCCCAACAAUGGCAGAAGAGACCGCGGGAACGACUAG